AUGGAAGCGAAAUGUCAACAGUUUGCUACUGAUAUGUUAGCACAAACACGUAGUUCAGCUGAAUUGUCAGUUGUACUGAAUCAUGAUACUGGAGGGGAUUCAACCGGUUGUCAUGUCGGUGGAAUAGAUCGACAAUCCUAUUCUGGUGAUAUUAGUGAACGUAUGCAACUGUCACGAUUGAAAUUAGCUAUUAGAUAUGAACAAAAAAAGUUUGUAGCUCAUCCUCAUUGUCAACAAUUACUGGCUGCAAUCUGGUAUGAAGGUCUACCUGGAUUUCGUCAGAAGCCAAUGUUUGCCCAGUUAACAACUAUCGGUGUAUUAUGUUCAAUGUUUCCUAUAUUGGCUACAUUUUAUAUGUUAGCACCACAUUCAAAAAUGGGUAGUAUGAUGAAGAAACCAUUUAUUAAGUUUCUGUGUCAUAGUAGUUCAUAUUUAUCAUUUCUAGCUCUGCUUACACUGGCUGCUAUUCGUGUUGAAUUCCUACUGACAAAUUCCAUGGAUCAACGAAUGCAUGAUCGUGGACCUCCACCGUCACUCACAGAAUCAGCUUUAAUCAUUUAUGUUAUAGGUUUUGUCUGGCAACAAAUGAAAAAGCUGUAUAUAUGGGGUUUAAGAGCUCAUUUAACAGAUAUGUGGAAUCUUGUGGAUUUUGUUAUGAAUUCACUAUAUAUAUCAACGAUAUCGCUAAGAACAGUAGCUUGGGCAAGAACAGUGUUUUACAAUGAACCACGUUAUGUGAAUCGUGGCCAAUGGGAUUCAUUUGAUCCAGUUCUGGUUUCAGAGUGUUUGUUUGCUGCGGCGAACAUCGUGUCAACAUUGAAAUUAGUUUAUGUCUUCACAGUUAGUCCACAACUUGGUCCAUUACAAAUAUCCCUUGGAAGAAUGUUAUAUGAUAUAUUUCGUUUCUUUUGUGUUUAUUUCCUUGUCCUUGUGGCAUUUGCAUUCGGCUUCAAUCAGUUGUAUUGGUUUUAUGCUAAAAAUCGUGCUAGAAAUUGUAAAAAUGUUCAUUUCACUCUGGAAGAAGGUCAAAAAGAUGUUUAUGAUUAUUGUAUUACACGGGGAACGUAUUUUACAAAUUUAUUUGAAAUUGUUCAAUCAUUAUACUGGUCUGCAUAUGGUUUAAUCGAUUUGACAAGUUUCAAUUUGGAAUAUCCUCAUGUAUUCACAGAGUUUGUAGGUAAACUAACCUUUGGGACGUAUUCUUACAUCGCUUUCAUUGUGCUAUUGAAUAUGCUGAUUGCAAUGAUGAACAGUUCUUAUGAACAAAUUGUAGGUCAAGUGGAUGUUGAAUGGAAAUUUGCACGAUCAAAGCUAUGGAUCAGCUUUUUUGGUGAAGGUUGUACUGUACCUGUUCCAUUCAAUAUAAUACCUACACCAAAAUCAUUUAUGUAUAUGAUGAAUUCAUUGAAAAAAUUGUUUUUAAAUUGUUAUAAAGAGAAAUUACAUCGUAAUAAUUGGGAGACAGUUCGUCAACGUGUAAAACAAGUAAAAGAACGUGAAGCACGUUAUCAAGUUGUCAUGCGUGAAUUAACUAAACGUUAUAUUAUGUACAAACUGAAAUCUGGUGAAAAUGAAACAGUCAGUCCAGAUGACUUGAGUGAAAUUAAAGGCGAUAUCAGCGCAUUCCGACAUGAAUUACUGGAUAUCCUGAAAUCGAAUGGUAUGAAAAUACCAAAUUAUCAUAAAAAAGUUUCUAAACUUCGACGCGGUCGUGACAAUUUCCAAAUUUCUGAAAUACAAGAAAUGGUACGUGGUAAAAAAUCUAGCGACUCAAUGAAACAAGCAGGUGAACAAAAUCUCGAUGAGGAUAAAGUAGUAAAAUCAUCGAAACCCCUGCUAGGGGAUCAAAUACACUCGCUGCGAAGAAAGACACCAAAUUCUGUAAAGAUGAGUAAAUCUGAUAUGAAUCAAUCCUUAAAAUCUAAUAAUAAUAAUAAUAAUGCUGAUAGUGAAAGAGCUGAUCAGAAUGUCACUGAUGCAGGCGGUGGUCCAGUAGAUAAUCCAGCUUUUGAAGGUGAAGAAAUCAUUGGAAGAAAGAAAGUGUUAUCUGGUUUAUCUGGCUUGGGAAUAUCAAAGCUGAUUAAAUCAGUUUCAACACCAGGUCAAGAAACCUCCUUUACUUCAGAUGUAAAACAAGGUCAGAAUUAUUCAACAGUAGAACAGAACACUUCUCAAUUAACCAAUCAAACUGUUGACUGA